GAUAUACUUCAGAUAUUAUCGAAUCGACCAAUGCCGUCAAUGACCUUGGGUCAUGGCAACUUGCGACUAGACGGAGUGGAAAAUUUCGUAAUUGUAUCAAAGACAUCGCACCGUAGAAUCUUCGACUCCAGCUUUCCAAACAUUCACCUUCGCAAGAACAUAACGCAAGUCGCCUGUCGCGUUUUGAAAACAAAUAAGGUCCGAUCUCCAGUCGACAAGAAUCUGUCAAUUAUCGUGGAAAACCUCAGCUUCAGAGGCAACGAGAGAGUGGAAUUCAGAGCUCGCGCUAUCAAACAAGGCAUUUUCAACAUUACGGCGGACAAGAUUUUCGUUGGCGAUGCGCGGAGGAUGCCAAUCUCUGAGUCACCGGCCUUCUCUGCCAAUGUUCUUGGCAAAAGACUCUGCGCAUGCGUCAACACAGGCCGCCUGUUCACGGUGCCUGGAAACAAGCUCUGCACCAUCCAGCAAUCCCUCUGCAGUUGA